AUAGAUAUCUCAUAAAUCUAAGCUAUCUCGAGCUUGUCCUCAUAGUGAGGGUGGUUACCCAUUACCUGUCAUCGUUUCUCGCUCUACGCCAUGCUCUAGGCAAAUGUCAUGGCAUAAUGUCAACAUUGACAAAAAGAUAUAGCCCUUUAUACUUUUUCAUGUAAUCCUAAUCGCAUAAUUGAAAUCCAACAUUAAAGAACAUGAAUUAUCUAUUAUCAGAUCUCAGAUAUGGCUGUCAAGGUUCAAUCUGGGAGAAUGUUGCUUCUGCCCCAAUAUAUCUAGUUUUUCUCCUCUUAUUUUGUUUCUUCACAUUACCUGCAUAAAAUAGAAAAUUAAUUUGUCAGCCUCGUGAAAAUCUGUUUUGUGAUAUGUUGUUUGACAUAUAAUAAGUUAUUUCUGAUUUCUCAGCUAGAUUGAGAUGCUCUCUUUUUCCUUUCAUUUUUGUUUUUUUUUAUGUCCUACUGAUUUUCUACGUGACAAAACUUGUACAAGGGAAUCGUGGUAAACUCAUCGAUAUGAACAAAGUAUCUGACUGAUCUUGCUUAGUAAAUUUAUGAGAAUUUGCCUGUUUAAUGUACAUAUGUAUUUUAUCAACUAUCAAUGGGUUAGAUCUAUCUCAAUCUGCAAAAAUAUCUUGCCAAAGAUCAUGUAACAGAAUAUUUCCCAAGUAAGGAUUUGAUAUUCCAUUGCUCAGUUCCAAUUUAGGAUGCACUAAACCCAUUUACAUGUGGUUAUCAAUUUCGUUAAAUCGAAUUAGCGUAUACUGGAUGAGUGAUUAUCUGAGCUAAUAUUAACAAAUUAAUUGCAGUGCACGAAAUUAGAUGCCAACUUUCCACCAAAAGAGUCUGUGCUUAAUUCAUUCCAACAACGAUCCAUCACAGAACAUGGAAGGCUGAAGAGGAAAGUGGAUACUGGUCCUUCAGGUCAGGACCUUACCAUCUUUGAAUCAAGAAACAAGCAGAAAAUGAAUAAGAAAUCCAAAAAGACUUGAGUCAUUGGUGAAUGAGUAAGUUUAGAGGACCUUAAAGAGCAGUUUGGCAAGAAGCGUGAAGAGGCUGCAGCAAGCCUUCAUGUUAGUAUUUGAAUCUCCCGGUGGCCCUCUACCAAAAUAAAGAGAGAUAGGCUUUUACUCUCCAGUGUAAGCUGCAAUGAAACUGACCGAGUAGCUGCUAACGUACAAAUGCCAAUCACCAGAGGUCCAACUGCAUUUCAGUCAAAUCCAAUCUGCAGAAAUCAUGGAGUUCUAAUCUAUCAGUAAAUAAUGAAAAUGGUACAUCAUUCAAUGAAAAUUUCCUAGGAAAGAAUGAAGACAGUGACAGGGAAAACAUUAUGAUUCAAGUGGGAGACUCGGCCAAUCAAGAACUCUUGUAUGAGCCACAGGAAUUUUAGCCUGCCUGUGAUAGUCUCGUCCCUUCAUAUUCAUUCCCUAAUGCUCCCGCUAUACAGUAGGUUACCACAAGAAAGAAUGCCAGCUAAAGAUGCUACACAAUUCAUUUCUCCUUCACUUGGCCAACAGAGGAAAGUGAUUGCAAGACAAAUAAAGAUGCUUCAAGCUAUGUUGCUCAGACUCUCCAAAAAUGCUGCCGCACCAGUGUCGAAUCUGCCAAAAAUGCACUACUUUUGGAGGAGCCGACACACACCCGAUUACAUUUUUGGAGAGUCCAAGCAACAUAGGACUGAUGAGACUAGUCAAUUGGAGAAUCAAUACUUGGGAAGGGAAAGGCUCAAUCGUAACACUGAAAAGGAGGUUAUUCUCUCUGUUGAAGACUCAUCAUCAUACGAUUUUGGAAGCAUUUCAGAGCCAAUUCUGGGUCACCUUACUGAUUAUGCUUCGCUCCAUCAACUCAAUGAGGAUCAAUUGAUCUCCGUGGAUGACAUGGAGUCUACUCGUAUCGAGGCACAAUCUACGCUUGAAUCAAAAUCUGAACCUUCCAUACAAAGCGAUGCAAGGAGUAUGAAGUUGAUCUUUGAGAAGUUGAUUAUGUUGCCACUAGAGGCUCUCUCUAACCUGAAUCAUGAAGCUUCCAUGAAAGAAGCUUUGACCAUACUUACUGGCAACCUCUCACUGUUUGCAGAUGAACAAGCCAAACAGCUAUUGGAACUUAAGCUUGACUUUCCAUCCGCCACAUAUAGCUGGAGAGAUUGCUCUCGGACCAGGAUCGAUUUUGUCAAGAUUUCUUGGCUGAAUUUGAGAAAACUAAGUCAUUGUUGGAAACUUCAACUAAAGAGGGCGAGGAUCUUAAGGAUAAAGAUAGUCAACUAGAGAGCAAGGAGAAGGAAAUGAUGGCACAAUUGGAGGCAAUUCAAAAGGAGAAAAAUGAGAUAACUGAAAAGAGGAGUGAAUUUUAACCAGACCAAGCAAUUGGUUGCUUUGGCAGAAGAUCAAGCAGGUAGAACUAAAGAGAAAGAGCUGCAGAUUACUAUUGCUACUGCUAAAUUAAACAAAUUAAAGAACCAAUGGGUUUCAGUUCAAUCUUCCUUUAUUUAACUUCUCUUCUUCUUUUUGACUUCAAGGCAUUUCUUAAUGAUUCAAGCAAAUAUGCAGGGAAGUCUUUCUUAUCCAGAUUUGCUAGUAAUUAAAUUCAUUCAGGUUCCACAUUCUUUAUCUAGAUUUGCAAGUAAUUUAGUCCUCUUCAGAUGAGGUAUAUCUUACAUUUUUACCUUGCCAUUAUCUUAAAACCAGACAUUUUACUUGUAAUUUUACA